AUGGCUUCCUUUUCGGCAAUCGUCCUUCUCCUUCUGUCGGUCUCCCUGCGGAGCGUCAUGGCUGCCACGCCCGGCUGCGGCAAGGCCGCGCCGGCCAGCGGCACCAAGUCCAUUGGCAGCAGGCGGUACAUCCUGCAGGUGCCCGCCAACUACAACCCCAACAAGGAGUACAUGCUCAUCUUCGGCUUCCACUGGCUCAACGGAAACAUGAACACCGUCGCCCCCGGGUACUACGGGCUCCGGGCGCUGGCCGGCGAGUCGGCCAUCUUCGUCGCCCCCGACGGCCUCAACGCCGGGUGGGCCAACAACGGCGGCGCCGACAUCACCUUUGUCGACCAGAUCCUCAGCGAGGUCCAGAACAGCCUCUGCGUCGACACCACCAAGCGCUUCGCGACGGGCUUCAGCUACGGUGGAGCCAUGUCCAAUGCGGUUGCUUGUGCUAGGCCCAACAUCUUCCGCGCUGUUUCCGUCAUUGCCGGUGCUCAACUGAGCGGCUGCGACGGCGGCACCACCCCCGUCGCCUACCUCGGCAUCCACGGUUCCGCGGACAACGUCCUCCCAAUCGCCCAGGGCAGGGCGCUGCGAGACCGCUUCCUCGGCGUCAACAAAUGCCAGUCCAAGACCGCGCCGGAACCGAGCCCGGGGUCCUCGCAGCACAUCAAGACGGAGUACAGCUGCAGCGCCGGGUACCCCGUCUGGUGGAUCGGCCACGGCGGCGGCCACGUCGGCGACGCAAGCGACAGCCAGGGCAACUGGAUGGCCCGCGAGACCUGGGACUUCUUCACCAGAGCCAUCUAUGACGGCGGCAGCGCUCCUCCGCCCACCACCCCUCCCACUCCUACUUCCACUCCUCCUCCGAGUGGAGGACAGUGUUCGGCCAAGUACGGCCAGUGCGGCGGGUCGGGAUGGACUGGUCCGACGUGCUGCCAGUCUGGAAGCACCUGCAACGCUCAGAACCAAUGGUGA